UGAGGGGUGGGAGUGGAAAGCGGUUGGCUGCCGCUUCCUUGGUCCCUCCCUGUCCUGUUUCCUAUUGGUUCGGGAUCAGAUUUUGGACCACGAAGAAGCCAGGAGAUUGAGGAUAGUUAUAGAAAGCAGUCUGGAUUGGAGUGGAGGGACUACAGUGAGAGACUGCAUAGAAGGAGACAAUCUGUCUCAGGAGCUAUAGGGUCGAAGUCUGAAGCCAGGACAAGAGGGGCGUUACAAUAUCCAGCCUGAUCCUAGAGGGGGAUCAGUGUCCAGUCUGACCCCUGAGGAGGGGCGGUGUGAGGGAAAGAGGGGGUUACAGUGUCCAAUCUGACCGCAGGGGUGGGGAGGGAGAUAUUAAGUCUAGCCCCAGGGAGAGUGAUGAUGGUAGUGUCAUUCUGAAUGCGGAGGGUCUCAGUGAGUGGAGCUUCGGAUGGUGAAGCCGAGCGGUUUAACGAGCAGUCUGCGGGGGCUUGCCCACAGGCCGAGCUAGGGACCUGUCUUGCCUUGUCUGCCUGAAUGACACCCCGAAAAUCUGGGAGAUGGGAAGCGGCAUCUCAGCGCAGGAGCCAGACCAACCCAGCCCGAGCGAGCAGCAGGAGGGACAGCGCACUGAGAGAGUGGACGGAGGGCCUGCUCAGGAGAAUGGCCAGAUUUCCGGAAUCCAUAGUAAAUCAGAAGAUCAAGAGCCGCUCGAUGGAAAAGUGGAGCAUCUCAAUGUCCAGGAGGAAGCCGUUCGUGAAGUUGAACCGCCUAUCAAAACCCAAGAGGAGAAACUAAUCGAAAUGGACUUUGAGAAAAAGGAGACUCCCACUCAAACCAAAGAUGAGGAGCCAAGAGAUUCCCAGGAAGAUGCAGAUCCUCCUGUUGAAAUUGGAGAGGAGGCGCAAGCUGGUGAGGUUGGCUUCAAGAAGGUCUUCAAAUUUGUGGGCUGCACGUUCACAGUGAAGAAAGAGAACCCUGACAAGCUGGAACCAGUGCAGUUGCUGACUGUGAAAAAGGAUGAAGCAAGUGAGACAGAUGGCGAAUCUAAGCAAGAAAUGGGAGGAAUGACAAAUGGUGAUUUGAGUCUUGCUGCUCAUGAGGCAGAGGAGAGUCCACCUGAGGUUCUCACCCCUAGAGAAAUGGAAGAGUCCACCAGUCAGGCAGAACCAAAACCCACUGUUGCCGCGGAGCCAGUGGAGUCUGCCGUUAAUCCGGUCGAGAACCCUGCUGUGGAUUCCCCCUUGAAGAGAUCUUUUUGGCAAGGCUUUUUCUCAGUGUUGCAAAGGAAGCCAAGCUUCAAGAAGGCUGAAGAUGAACCCCUGGUCAUUGGGGAGAAACCUGAGGUAAAUGGAGAGCAGAAGGAAAAUGAGGAGCAAGUCGUUGCUGCUGGAGAUGUUAAUGGUGAGGAAGGUGACCAUGGACCUUCGAAGGGGCCUUCCGCGUCACAAGAUGAUGCUGAAAUCUUGGAGGUUGGCCCAGUGAAAGAAAAAGAGCGAGAUGACGAUUUUGAGGACCUCUCAGCGGAACUGGCCAAAGUCAGAGAGGCUGAAGAAGGAUUGAUUUUGGACUCUAGGGAGAAGAUUGGGGAGGACAGCGUGUCCACAGAAGACGAUGGGCAAUGUGGCCCCAAAAUAAAGAUGACCGUCCCAGCCUUGGAGAUGGAUCAGGCGACCCAGUUGGCUCAGAGUCAGGUGAAGCCAGAAUCUGCUGCCAUCGAAGCUUUGGCAGGGCUUCAAACAGAACAGACCGAUGUAGACAUGGAUCAAACACCAGGCAAGGUCCAGGAGCCUGUACUGGGAGAAGUGGAGCUCUUGUCAUCCCAGGAAAAGGCCAAGUUGCAGGGCAGCCCUCUGAAGAAACUCUUCACCAGUAGUAGCACCAAAAAGCACUCUGGGAAGAAACGAAAACGUGGCAAAAGAAAGGCCAAACUGAGAAAUGACGACGAGACACGACUUCAGUCAUCCACCGAAUCGGAGGGCAGUCCAGAUGGCCAGAAGAUGGACAUCCCUCCUUUAACAUCCCCUGAGGAAGCGGGUGAGGCAGUCUCUGCAGAGAUGCCAGAUGCUUCCAAUCCUGAGGUAGAGACAAUAAACGAAGCCAGUGAUGGCGAGAGGAAGAAAGAGAACAUUACCGCAUGGGCGUCAUUUAAGAAGUUAGUGACAUCAAAAAAGCGCCCCAAAGUACAAUCUGAGAGUGACCGAGAAGAUGAGCAGACUGAUAAAGCGAAGGGAGCAGCUGUCUCCUCUAGUGAGAAUGUGAGCGCUGCCCCGGCCGAUAAGCCAGAAAAACCAAACACCGAGGACCUGAGUUUGGAGCGGAGUACUGAGGAUCCCAAAAAGAAAGCGGAUGCCCCUGUAACCUGGGAGGCGCUGAUCUGCGUCGGGUCCUCCAAGAAGAGAACAAGAAAGUCCAACUCGAAAGCCCCGCAACCAGAUGUGGAGGCACAAAGAUCACCCGAGGGGGCCAUCCAAGUGCCGGACAAUGCUGAGGAACUGAAAGCUAGUGUUCCACAGGAUACAGAUCAGGAGCCAGGCACAGCAUCUCCAGAAGGUACCGUCAGCAGUCCGGUGGAGGCGGAUGUAUCUGACGGCGCUGUCUCCGUGUGGGAAUCCUUUAAGAGGUUGGUGACCUCAAGCCGCAAGUCCAAAUUCAAGAUUGAAGACCGUGCAGACGACUCUGUUGUUGCAGCAGAAGCUGCUGUUCCCGAGACCGAACAGGCCAAGGAGGAGUCCUGGAUGUCUCUGAGAAAACUGAUCCCAGGCCGAAGAAAGAAGAGGUCUGAUACCAGAGAUGACCAGUCUGUGGUGGAGGAUGUUGGAAAAGAGACCACAGAGGCAGAGUUGGGAGUGAGCAAGGGUGAAGAGCCAGACACACCAGCAGUGGUUCCCCUUUCUGAAUAUGAUGCUGUCGAAGAAGAGAGAGCGGCUAAGGAGCAGCAGGAAACACGCGGAACAAAUGCUUUUCCUGAGGGGGAGGUUAUAACCAAGUCGGGAGCACUAGCUGAAGGUGGGGAGCCAAGGGUCGAGCAAGCCAUUACCGUGAACCAGGGAGCUGUAGAAACAAUCAAAAGCAGCGUUGAUGAGAGAUCACCAUCAUGGAUAUCAACCGCAGUCCCGGACAUCAUUGAGAAGAGGGUUGAAGGUGAAGGAAAAGUAGUCGAAAUUGUGACAGAGGGGGAGCAGUUGGAGCGUGGCGACGCAGCCUCGCCAGCAGAAGUAACCAAAACAAUCUGUCACGAUGAGACUGCCAGCGAGGCAGAGGAGAUUACCUGUGAGGUUGUCAUGGCACCAGAGUACCUGGCUGAGAAGACAGCCGAGAUGGUUUCAGCAGUCUUGCAGACCUCUGAGAUCCUAGUGACAACAGCGGAGUGCACUCUUAUGCCAGAAGAUGAGGUUCUGGUAACCAGACAAACCCAUGAGUCGCUACAGGAGGCGGUUGUGGAAGUGACAGAGGCGGUCUGCGAAGAGACCCUGGUGGCCGCCCACCCUGUUGUGGAUGACACAGUGGUGGCGGCCCAUGAAGAGACUCUGGUGGUCACCCACCCUGUUGUGGAUGACACAGUGGUGGCCCAUGAAGAGACCCUGGUGGCUGCCCACCCUGUUGUGGAUGAGACAGUGGUGGCCCACGAAGAGACCCUAGUGGCCGCUCACCCUGUUGUGGAUGAGACAGUGGUGGCCUGCGAAGAGACUCUGGUGGCUGCCCACUGUAUUGUGGAUGAGACUGAGGCGGCCCGUGAAGAGACCCUGGUGGCCGCCCAUCCUGUUGUAGAUGAGAUUGAGGCGGCCCGCAAAGAGACCCUGGUGGCCGCCCACCCAGUUGUGGAUGAGACAGUGGUCGCCUGUGAAGAGACUCUGGUGUCCGCUCACCCUGUUGUGGAUGAGACAGUGGUGGCCUGCGAAGAGACCCUAGUGGCCGCCCACCCUGUUGUGGAUGAGACUGAGGCGGCCCACGAAGAGACCCUGGUGGCUGACCACCCUGUUGUGGAUGAGACUGAGGCGGCUCACGAAGAGACUCUGGUGGCUGACCACCCUGUUGUGGAUGAGACAGUGGUAGCCCGCGAAGAGACCCUAGUGGCCGCCCACCCUGUUGUGGAUGAGACAGUGGUGGCCCAUGAAGAGAUUCUGGUGGCCGACCACCCUGUUGUGGAUGAGACAGUGGUGGCCCAUGAAGAGAUUCUGGUGGCCGACCACCCAGAUGUGGAUGAGACUGAAGCGGCCCACGAAGAGACUCUGGUGGCCGCCCACUCUGUGGAUGAGACUGAGGCGGCCCGCGAAGAGGCUCUGGUGGCUGCCCACCCUGUUGUGGAUGAGACAGUGGUAGCCCACGAAGAGACUUUUGUGUCUGCCCACCCUGUUAUGGAUGAGACAGUGGUAGCCCGCGAAGAGACCCUAGUGGCCGCUCACCCUGUUGUGGAUGAGACAGUGGUCGCCUGUGAAGAGACUCUGGUGGCUGCCCACUGUAUUGUGGAUGAGACUGAGGCGGCCUGUGAAGAGACCCUGGUGGCCGCCCAUCCUGUUGUAGAUGAGACAGUGGUCGCCUGUGAAGAGACUCUGGUGUCCACUCACCCUGUUGUGGAUGAGUCGGUGGCGGUCCGCGAAGAGACUCUGGUGUCCGCCCACCCUGUUGUGGAUGAGACAGUGGUGGCCUGUGAAGAGACCCUAGUGGCCGCCCACCCUGUUGUGGAUGAGACAGUGGCGGCCCGCGAAGAGACUCUGGUGUCCACUCACCCUGUUGUGGAUGAGUCGGUGGCGGUCCGCGAAGAGACUCUGGUGUCCGCCCACCCUGUUGUGGAUGAGACAGUGGCGGCCCGCGAAGAGACCCUGGUGGCCGCCCACCCUGUUGUGGAUGAGGCAGUAGUGGCCCACGAAGAGGCAGUGGUGGCCCACGAAGAGGCUCUGGUGGCUGCCCACUCUGUUGUGGACGAGAAAGAGGCAGCCCGCGAAGAGACUCUGUUGGCUGCUUGCCUGGGUGUGGAUGAGAUGGAGAUGGCCGCCCACUCUGUUGUGGACGAGACAGAGGUGGCCCAUGGAGAGACUCUGGUGGCUGCCCACUCUGUUGUGGACGAGAAAGAGGCAGCCCGCGAAGAGACUCUGUUGGCUGCUUGCCUGGGUGUGGAUGAGAUGGAGAUGGCCGCCCACUCUGUUGUGGACGAGACAGAGGUGGCCCAUGGAGAGACUCUGGUGGCCGCCCACUCUGUUGUGGACGAGACAGAGGCGGCCCAUGAAGAGGCUCUGGUGGCCGCCUACCCGGAUGUGGACGAGACAGAGGCGGUUCAUGAGACUCUGGCUGCCCGCCCGGGUGUGGACGAGACAGAGGCGUCCUGCGAAGAGACUCUGGCCGCCCACUCGGUUGUAGAUGAGAUGGGGGCGGCCCGUGAAGAGACGGCCGCUUGCUCAGUUGUGGACGAGACUGUGGUGGCCGCCCGCCCGGUUGUGGAAGAGACUGGGGCGACCCACAAAGAGACGGCAGCUUACCUGGUUGUGGACGAGAUGGGGGCGGCCCGUGAAGAGACGGCCACUCACCCGGUUGUGGACGAUACUAGGGCGGUCCGCGAAGUGACUCUGGUGGCCGCCUGCCCAGUUCUGGACGAGACAAGGGUGGCCCAUGAAGAGACUGUGGUGGCUAUCCGCCCAGUUGUGGACGAGAUGGGGGCGGCAUGUGAAGAGACUGUGGUGGUCGCCGGCCCGGGUGCAGAGGAGACGGAGGUGGCCCACGAAGAGACAGUGGUGGCCGCCCGCCCAGUGGAUGAGACGGGGCUGGUACAUGAAGAUUCUGUGGUGGCCGCCUGUCCUGUUGUGGAUGAGACGGAGGUGGCCCACAAAGAGACUGUGGUGGUUGCCCGCCCGGUUGUGGAUGAGACGGGGGCAGUCUGUGAAGAGACUCUGGCUUCCCACCCGGUUGUGGAAGUGACGGCGGCCUGCGAAGAGACUCUGGCGGCCGCUCGCCCAGAUAUGGACGAGACGGGGGUGGUCUGCGAAGAGACGGCCGCCCACCCGGUUGUGCCUGAGAUGGGGACAGCCCGCGAAGAGACUGUGGUGGCCGCCUACCCGGUUGUGGAUGAGACGGGGGCGGCCCACGAAGAGACUGUGGUGGCCGCCUACCCGGUUGUGGAUGAGACGGGGGCGGCCCACGAAGAGACUGUGGUGGCUGCCCGCCUGGUUUUGGAUGAGACCGGGGCGGUCUGCGAAGACACUGUGGUGGCCGCCUGUCCGGUUGUGGACGAGACUGGAGUGGCCCGCGAAGGGACAGUAGUGGACGCCUGCCCGGUUAUGGACGAGACAGGGGUGGCCCGUGAAGGUUCUGUGAUGGCCACAUGCCCGGUUGUGGACGAGACCGGUGUGGCCCGCCUGGUUCUGGAUGAGACCGGGGCAGCCCGCGAAGACAUUGUGGUGACCGCCUGCUUGGCUGUGGACGAGACGGGGGCGGCCCGCGAAGUGACUGUGGUGGCCGCCCGCCCGAUUGUGAACGAGACGGUGGCGGCCUGCGAAGAGACUCUGGUGGCCACCUGCCCGGUUGUGGACGAGAUGGGGGUGGCCAGCAAAGAGACUCUGGUGGCCACCUGCCUGGUUCCGCAGGAUACAGAUCAGGAGCAAGGCACAGCAUCUCGGGAAGGUACCAUCAGCAGUCCAGUGGAGAGGGAUGUAUCUGACAGCGCUGUCUCCGUGUGGGAAUCAUUUAAGAGAGCUCCAAACAGACACUCGUGAAAUAGAAUGUGAAGACGCAACGCUACUGUGACAAGACCAAGUACCACUGUUGAUUGACAAUCCCGAAUCAAUUCGCGAGCUAUAUCUACAUUGGCAUUUAAUAAUUUCUUGCUUUUAGCCAUGAUAAACACAAUGGUGUCUGAAAAUUGAAGGGGUAUUUGCUCAAAAAUCUGGCGAUGCAUCUUUGUAUCAUCAGUUUGUUACAUUUAGGAUAUUCUUAGAAUUAAACUUGUUGAUUAAAAA